UAAUACAACGACUUCUAACGAAUUGUAAGGACAUAGACACACUAUAUGUGUUAAUACGACAGAAGAGUGGACAGAACGUUCAGGAAAGACUCAAAAGCAUGCUGAACGUUCCACUCUUCGAUAACCUGAAAAAAGUGAACCCUGCCAGUUUGAACAAAAUAGUCCCGAUACCGGGUGAUAUGAUGAAGAGUAAGCUCGGGAUCUCUCUUCAGGAUGAAGACAAACUCAUUGAUAAUGUAUCCGUGAUGUUCCAUUCAGCUGCUACUGUGAAGUUCACUGACACCUUUAAAACUAUGAUCUGUGUUAACUUGGAGGGAACGGCAAAGGCACUGGAGCUCGGCAAACGAAUGAAGAACUUAGAUACCUUUGUCUACAUCUCGACAGCAUUCUCCAAUAGUGACAAGGCAGUCAUCGACGAAGUAAUCUACCCUCCACCGAAGCCGCUAGACGAAGUAUACAAGUUUAUUGACAAACAUGGCAACGAUGAAGAGCGAAUUAAAAAAUUUAUAGGUGGACUGCCCAAUACUUAUACAUUCUCAAAAGCGUUCUGCGAAAGCUUGGUGGACAAGGAACAUGGAAAUAUGAGAACCAUUAUUGUGCGACCAUCUAUAGUGACCCCCUCGGUGCAAGACCCCCCAGGCUGGUGCGACAGUUGGGUGGCCGCAACCGCGACCUUCAGCGACGUAUCGCGGGGCCUGACCCGAGUCCUGUACGGACGACCUGACGUCCCCUGCAACACCAUCCCCGUAGACUACGUCUGCAACUUAACCCUCGUUGCCGCCGCAAGACAGAACCCGUCCAAGGACGUGCUAGUGUACAACUGCUGUGGCGACCCGGACAACAUAGUCACCUGGAAACGUGGAGCCGAUAUGUAUCUAGAAGAAAGUCUGAAGUAUGACAGAGUUCCAGGUACCCUGAGGCCUGGCAAAGUGGUGAUGUCUCCACACCCCCUGGUGGUCCGGUACCUUCGCUUCACUCGGCAGACAGUACCAGCUCUCCUAGCUGACUGCUGGUUACGCAUCCAGGGGAAACAGCCAAGACACUUGAAGGCCGUUCAGCGAGCUGCUCUCUUGACGACAUUGCUUCAAAGCUUCACCUCAACCAGGCUCGACUUCCGUACCACCAGGUCCCGUCACCUCAUGGACACUAUGAGCGAAGAGGACAAGGUUCUAUUCCCGUGCGACCCAAAAACUAUAAUCUGGAAGAACUACAUGAAAGACUUUUAUUGCGGCGUUCAGAAGUAUUUGUUGAAUAAUAAAUAAAUUA